UAAGAAAUAGCUCUUACCUACAGUGGUCACUUACUAACAGGACUUCCUUAUAAGAUACUGCUAAGAGGCGGUGCGUGCGGAGUAAUUGCAUGUUGUAAAUGCAGUGUCAGCGACUCUACGUGGCGAUGAUGGAAGCCGGUGGAAGGCGGAAUGUGGAGAGCGCUAGGAGGAGCUGAUUUUAUUCGGCCAACGACACGUCCACGGAAUCCACGUGUAGCCUGUCACUGAUGCAAACAUACGGGGCUGUGCAGCUCUCAUCCGCCGGGGUGGGUUUCAUUAUGGAGCGACCGCUAACUGCCGCUGCGAGAGGUACAGGUGUGGCGAAGCGAUCCAGUGAAGCAGUUAAUAUGAUCACAACACGGCUUCUGUUCUUGCUCAUCCUCCCUUCACUGAUUCUGUGUGCUCCACAAAUUCAGCAGACACUUAGUGAUGACAUUGUUGUACCAGACCUUGCAAAUCCUUUUGGGUCCAGCGAAGACAACCGCAGACUCUUGCAAAGCUACAUCAAGAGCACCCUGAAGGAAGGACAAACCAGUCCAGAGCUGAACACAAGGGAACAAGAGAUAUUCUUCCUUUUCUCCCUGUAUGACUAUGACAGAAGUGGGCAGAUGGAUGGCCUUGAACUGAUGCAACUACUGACAGAUUUCCUGACUUAUCACGUAAUGAUGCCAAAGUCAGCAGAUGCUGUUGUAUCUAUGGUGGAUCACCUGCUACAAACUCAGGAUCUGAACCAGGAUGGACUACUAGCUCUUUCAGAGCUGUUAUCAUCAGCAUCCACGAUAGACCAUCAGCAAGAAAACAAAAUUGUUCCCACUGAUCCCCCUGCUGAGGAGGCCUUAAAACAGGAGCAAACACACACUAAUUCAGAGGAUGGAGUUUCUGAAACUCACCAGCAAGACGCAGAGGGCAACCAAGUGACUGAACAUCAAAAUGAGACACAAGACUCAUCUAAAGAAGAAAACAUGGAGGAUGAGAAUCACAACCAGAUACCUGAAAAGCUUGAAGAAGAGCAGGACCAUCUGCAGCCUCCAGAAGAGAAGGAUCAGGAAGAGAAGAACAUACCAGUGCAUCAAGGGCAACCAGAAAUAUAAUGCCAAAUUAAGCAUGAAGUGCAACUUUAUAGACUUGUACAAAUCAGCCAUACGUUGGAAACCACUUACCUGCUGCAUAUACUGUACUGUAUGAUUGAUGCAUAAUUUAAUUCUGGAUAUACUAAAAGUUAUGAAAGUACAAGAGCAUGUGUUAAUGAUAGACUAUUUAUGGUUCGCAUCAAGCUAUUGUGAAUCCUCAGAACUGAUUUAUGGAACCCAAACACAACUUUAAAAUCUACAUUAGUAACGCUUUGUUUAAACUAUGCAAACCCAGAAAGUACAGCGCUUGGAUUUACUGAAACUUUAAAGCAGAAAUCCAGUCACAGCCAAGGUUUAGCAACCACUUUUAGGAUUUUGUACCAAACUCUUGGCAUAUUUCUACACCCAGCCCCUCUUUAUUUGGGGCUUAACACCUUUGAAAUAAACACAGCUCAAUUGGA